AUGUCUUCAGCAUCACAGGAAAAACUACAUAGGGUCGCUAGUUCGGACGCGGGCGACGACGAGCGGACCCUCUACGAACACACCGAUGAUGAAAGUCACGACGGCAGGCCCUCAGGCGAACUUUCCACCCGCGAUCGCGAGAUCCUAGACUCGGAAGACGAGCGCGAAGAGCUUCUUACACAGAAAGAGGGCAUAAAGGAUAUUUUGAGCCGCAGGGGCUCCUCCAUCAAGGUUGGGAAAUGGGGCAAGAAGAAGCCGAAGACGCGUAGGAAAGGCGAAGAUGCAGAAUCGAGUGUACUCAUGUAUGAAAUGGAGGAGGGCAUGGGCGCUUCUUCUCAAAGCUUACGUUCGAGGAGAAGUUCCGAGGGCGACGAGCAACGAUUGCUUGCGAGCGCAUUGCAUCAGAAGGCGCGCCGGAAGAUUUUCUAUCAACGGAUAGCCAUAUAUAUCCUUAUAAUCAUUCUUUUUGUCGUCCUCCUCGCCGCCGCCUAUAAUCUCUCUACCCCGAAAGAUGUCAAAGACCUGGCCGCCAUGGUCUCGAAUGGCACCUCCCUUUUCGCCCCUACAACCAUUCUGAUAUCGCUCGACGGUUUCCGUGCCGAUUUCCUGUAUCGCAACCUUACGCCUACACUCAAUCAACUGAUACAAGAGGGUAUUUCGCCCAAGUACAUGCUUCCUAGCUUUCCGAGCGUAACCUUCCCUAAUCAUUACACCAUGGCGACUGGCAUGUAUCCCGAGGCGCAUGGGAUAGUUUCGAACACGUUCUGGGACCCAAAACUACAGCAAGAGUUCUACUACACGGAUCCUAAACGAAGUUUACAACCGCACUGGUGGGGAGGCGAGCCCCUGUGGGUAACGGCCGAGAAGCAAAAGGUCCGGGCAGCAGUGCACAUGUGGCCCGGGUCGGAAGCGAACAUCUUGGAACAAGAGAUUGCAUACGUUGACAAGUACAAUGGCUCGGAAGUGCUUGAUAGGAAGGUCGACCGCAUCAUGGGCUUACUCGAUCUUCCCGGUUCCAAGGACAUUGGCGCAAGCGCACUCACGCCUCGGCCCCAGCUCAUCGCUGCAUAUGUCCCCAAUGUAGAUGGCGACGGCCACAAAUACGGGCCCAACAGCACUGAGAUUCGGGAUACGAUCACAGCCGUAGAUACUAUGAUGGGCGGCAUUUUGGAAGGAUUGAAGCAGCGAAACCUCACCGGUAUCGUUAACGUCGUUGUAGUGUCUGACCACGGCAUGGCCACAACCGACAUUUCGCGCCUCAUCCAACUCGAAGACCUCAUCGACCCCAGCGAACUCUCCCACACCGACGGCUGGCCUCUUUACGGUCUCCGGCCGAAAGACCCAUCCUCGCUCCAACGCCUCUACAAGCAAGUCAAAGACCGCACCGCUAACAACCCCAAUGUCGAAGUCUACCUCCGCGAGAACAUGCCGGAACGAUACCACUUCUCCAAGAAUGACCGCAUCGCCCCACUGUGGAUCAUACCGAAAACAGGCUGGGCCAUUGUCACAAAAGAUGAGUUCAACAUUGAAGCCGGCAAGAAAGAUGGCGAGAUAUACCAUCCCCGUGGUCUACACGGCUACGACCACGAGCAUCCUCUCAUGCGAGCGAUUUUCGUAGCUAGAGGUCCUGCGUUCCCACAUACGCCUGGUAGCAUGAUGAAGCCUUUUCAAAAUAUCGAACUCUACAAUAUAAUCUGCGACUCCAUUAACCUCACCCCCGCCCCCAACAACGGUACCUUGCGUCUCCCCCUCCGCCCCACUGGUCUCCACAACGAGACCCAAACCGCAGCCUCGGACCACACGCCUGAAGAUCCCGUCCCACCCUAUCCGUCCUCCUCGUCCGCCGCCCUACCGUCCUCCGCGGAGCUGGCUUCCAUGCCCUCGGCUCUCGGCUCGCUAUCCAGCAUCGCGGCGUCGGCGUCGGGCAUGGAGGAUACGUCACCGACGGUUGACGAGGUGCCUGUCAGACCAACGCCUCCCACUGUACGGCCUACAGAUGCUGCAGUAAAGGAAGGGGGCAAGAAUGAGGAAGCGGGAGAGGAUGGGCCCACGGGAGAGAUGAGUUUGUGGGAGUGGUUGACGCACAAGGCGGAUGGGAUUAAGGAUUGGGUGGAUCAGUUUGUCGAGAGUCAUGUUCCUAUUUAA